UCAUUCACAUGCAAAUGUUAAAAAAAAGGGCCGAGUGGAUGGAAAAGCAUCGAGCAGCCGCAUUGUGACGUCACAAAGGGACCCGGGGAACGUUUUCUGGUCACAUGGACCGGGGGGAGAGGCAGGUGUGAACGAUCGCCCUAUAAACACACACUGGAGAGCCGCAUUCUGUCCAUAGACACACGAUGGAUCGGGGGGACAGGCAGACAAGGAAACCACUGGUUGAGAAGAGGAGAAGGGCAAGGAUUAAUGAGAGCCUUCUGGAGCUAAGGGGGAUCCUAGCCGACAAUGAGUUCCAAUCAAAAAUGGAGAAUGCAGAGGUUUUAGAGCUCACCGUGAAGCGGGUACAAAGGAUUUUACAGAGCAGAUCAGCUGAGUCUGAGCGGUUGCAGAGAGAGGCCAGUGAGCGUUUUGCUGCAGGCUACAUCCAGUGCAUGCAUGAGGUGCACACCUUUGUGUCUAGCUGUCCUGGCAUUGAUUCUAGCCUGGCUGCAGAGCUGCUCAACCACCUUUUGGAGUCUAUGCCUUUAAGCGAGGGGAACAUACAGGAUCUUGUCCUCGACGUGCUUCUGGAUUCUCCUGUCUCGGAUGCUUCCUGCGGCCUGGGAUUGUUGGGAUCCUCCUCGGAUGACAGCUGUUCUGAUGCAGAGGAAUCCGAUAUUGUCAAGGGAGGGACAGAGUCUGUGCAGGACAGUGACAGGACCCCCGAGAUUCAGCCGCCUCCUGCCCCUUCCAUGUGGAGACCAUGGUGAUCUAGACAACGAUAUGUGUACAUUUGGGGACCUGUGCUGACCUGUACACCUGGGUCAUGUACCUUAGUCCCAGGACAGCGAGUGCAUGUCAUGUCUACAUGUUUGGAUUUUCCACGCUGUAACAUGUUGCAGUACAAAGAAUCACACCACAUAACUGGGUUGUGUCCAUCCGUCUCAAUGUCUUUGAUGUAAAAGUCACUACAUCCCGGA